AUGGCUUUGUUUCUUGCUUCGUCCUCACAAAAUUCAGACUUAGAGCCAAAGAAAACGGAUAAAGAUGAAAGAAAAGAACAAUUUGAGGAUAUAGAGAAUCCAAGUGCAGAGGAAAUCUUAAAACGAAUCAAAGAAUGUUGUGGAGAAGCAGUGGGGAAAGCGUUUGAAGGUACGAACGUUGCUUUUAUAUUUUCGGCGGGAAACGGCCCAGAAUGCUACAAACCUUCCACGUUUCUCUCUUUUUUAGUUUUCUUUUACUUUUUGGCGUGCUUUUAUUGAACAACAACAAUCUGUGGUACUUUGCAUUGGCGAAGACUUGAACAAUAUUAAAUCAAUAUUUCCUAGCAAAUGUAAAGUUUACUUGUUUAUUCCAUGGCCGUCCAUUUUGCCUACAUACUGAACUUUUGCUAGAAAAAAAGUUUCAUGAAGUCGAGAGGUUGAGGUUUAAAGCUUACUUCUCUUUUUCUUUGAAUUAAAUGUAAAAUCUCUUUUAUUUUAUAUACCCGUUCCAAGCACUGACUUGAUUGAGAAUAAAAAAACUGUCUCGCACGAUACAUGUUUUGAAUAUGUAAAACUGGCAGAAGUGCAGGUCAUAGCUUUCUAGGUUUUCAUCUCAGCUAAUAUAUAAGCUUAUGAUUUAUAAUACACUAAAAAUAUGUGUGUAUGUUACUGGUACAUAACAUCCUAAACUGGUCAAAGCCCUGUUUUCUUCCCUUUGGAUUAUUAUUAUUUUUUAACAUUGAAGGUUAAAGGUUUUUGAUUUGCAUUACUGAUUUUAAAAUUGCAGGACAGUGGCGAUAUUGGUAGCUUUGGAUCAACACUUUCACCAGAUAACUCUGAAAACGAAAAAGGAGACCCACCACCUUCCCAGGCUAGUACUGCAGAGGGGAUUAGCGGUAUUCAGUUGUCACCAAAACUUUGCAACAUGAUUGUGAGAUUUAUAUGUGGAAGUGUUUUGGGUGGAGAGGAGAUCUCAAAGCUGCUGAAGAAGAGAUUCUCUGUCACACCUAGAAAUCUCACGCCCCUCACUAUCUCAACUGUUGGAAGUGGUGUCCAAGAAGCCAGCAAGGCACAAGUAUGUGGAAAUCGCUGA